AUGCGUUUCCGCGAAUUCAAGCUAGACGCCCUCACCCUCAGCUCUAAACAGAAGGCCCUCUCAGCGUCUCGAAGACUUGUACUCUCCGCGAAACUCAGGACCCGACAACGUCAGGAUGGCGCAGCCAACCUCGUCCACAUCGGAAGGUUGGACCCCUACGUCGAGGAUUCGCUCGUGGUGUCUGUACCAGAGACCAUCGAGAGGCCCCCACUACCUCCGGUGCUGUCCCACAUGAUAGGAAAGUUCGAACCAGAACUGGCAGACAUCCCCGUCGAGUACGCACGCGAAGCACUCGCGUCCAUGGGUACCAGGUUGAUGGGUGUCUUCGAGAAGUGCCGUGUCGAUCCGCCGCGAUUGGCCGUCAGAUCUGAAGUCAACCUCAUCGUCACGGACACUGGCCUAACGUGUCUACCGACCCACGCUCUUGCGAUCCACUCUCCCGCGGAGCCCUCCACAGGCUCUCCUUCCGACAGAGCCAACAACCUUGACGGCCGCGGCCGGGAGAUGCCCGAAUCCCGCCCGCGGCCCCCUCCGAACCAGAUCAUCUUCUCGGGUGGCGAGAUCGCAAACGGAUACCGCAUUCCGUUGGUGACCUGCUGCUUGCCGAUGCCCCAGGCCUUCGAGCCCCUCAUGAGGUACCUGUACACGCACGACAACGACGAGCUCCUCAAUGCGCUCCUACCCAUGAAGGUCCCCUUCGACGUUUCCGGCGACAGGUCGCCACUGUACGUACCGAACCCUGGUCUCCGCCAAGGCGUCGGGCGGAAGCAGCGCCUCAACCGCGUGGCAUCCGAGUGCUUUGCGUUCUACGGCGGACAGAUCUCAUCCAUGUACCAGCGAGCGAAGUUCCUCGAGGGCUUCUGGAGGAACGCGAUCGCUGUGGCCGUGUCGGACGACGGCAUGUGGGAGACGCUGCAGCUCGCAUACGAGGCGCUCGUGCAGGCCAUGAAGUGGGCCAGGGACGCACACGUCCAGAUCUUUGAGCGCGAAGCGAGGGACGUGGGGUUCGCUGCGCGGAUGCGCGCCGACUUCGGCGUCGUGCCCAUCGACACACCUCAGGCGAGAGCCAUGAAGACAUCGAUUCUCACUCAGAGAUACGUGCAGUCACUCCUGUCUACUGGGCAAGGGAACUGUUAUCCACCUGAACUUCCAGGGGAUCCGACCUACCAAUAA